AUGACCCUCGAUAAAUUAAAACCUUCUAGCAUAGUGCUCCACCUUUUGGCCAGAAAUGGACCUCAGUCCGGAAAACAGAUUGCCGCAUACAUACCUUGCUUUCCACAAUUCAAAACUAAAAAUUAUCUUAAACGCGAAAUCUUGCGUAAUAUGAAACUACGCGGUGAAUUGUACAAAAGAAAAUCUACUGAUCCCGAACUUACCAAACUUCAGAAAGGCGAGAGUGCAUACCUUUGGUUCAUUGACGAGAAAAAGGUGGAUAGGAAUAAAUAUCUUAAUAUGCGAUCGUUAAAAAAUUGGAAUCCGGACGAAAAAUUUACGGAAUAUAUUUCUGCUUCUGACAGUUCUAGUCCUGAAAAUGUUAUGAGAACCUCCAGUCAAAGAAAGGAUGAAGAUCAUAGAAAAAGACGAGAUAACCGGAAAAGUGAUGUAGAGAAAGAAGAAGCUUAUGGUGUGCAACCAGAUAGCAAUUACCGAGGGUUCGACUAUUACAAAACAUCAAAUGAUACCCGAUGGCAAAGCGUUCAGAAGCUUCACUGGAGACUACCAGAAAACAUUAGAAAUAUCACUCAGGAGGAACACAAAAAAAAAACUUGA